AACCCAGGAGAUUUGUUAAAAUUGUAACCAAAGUCAUGUGGUGGAAUCCUUUGCGGCUUGUAGAAAGUGUGGACUCAUCGUAAAUGAACUAACGCCAAGAGAGAAGACUGAGCAGAGAAAGACACACACACACACACACACACACACGAACAGAGUGUAUGUAUAUAUGGGUGAAAAACUGCAGAGUCAGCUCGAACUGUGGGGAGCAAUGUACAGGAACCCAGCAGUGGUGCCUCUGUGAAGGAAGAUGGAUGCAAAGAGAAAAGGACCUGGAAGCCAAGUUUAUCAUUCAAAUGGAGAAAAGCAAAACGACAAUCACAAACUUAAAGAUACCAGAAGGAGGAACUGGGGACUCAGGCAGAGAACGGACCAAGACCUUCACUUAUGACUUCUCUUUUUAUUCUGCUGACACUAAGAGUCCAGAUUAUGUUUCACAAGAAAUGGUUUUCAAAACUCUGGGCACAGAUGUCGUGAAAUCUGCCUUUGAAGGUUAUAAUGCUUGUGUCUUUGCAUAUGGGCAAACUGGAUCCGGAAAGUCCUACACUAUGAUGGGAAAUUCUGGCGAUUCUGGUUUAAUACCUCGGAUCUGUGAAGCGCUCUUCAGUCGAAUCAGUGAAACCACCAGAUGGGAUGAAGCCUCUUUCAGGACGGAAGUCAGCUACUUAGAAAUUUACAACGAACGUGUGAGAGACCUACUUAGGCGGAAGUCAUCUAAAACCUUCAAUUUAAGAGUUCGUGAGCAUCCCAAAGAAGGGCCUUACGUUGAAGAUUUAUCACAGCAUUUAGUCCAGAACUACAGUGACGUGGAAGAACUUAUGGACGCAGGGAAUAUCAACCGUACCACUGCAGCAACGGGGAUGAAUGACGUCAGUAGUAGGUCUCAUGCCAUCUUCACCAUCAAGUUCACUCAGGCCAAAUUCGACGCCGAAAUGCCGUGUGAAACUGUGAGCAAGAUCCACCUGGUCGAUCUUGCUGGAAGUGAGCGUGCGGAUGCCACCGGUGCCACUGGGGUCAGGCUUAAGGAAGGGGGCAAUAUAAACAAGUCCCUCGUGACUCUGGGAAAUGUCAUUUCUGCCUUAGCUGAUUUAUCUCAGGAUGCAGCCAACCCUCUUGUGAAGAAGAAGCAAGUUUUUGUGCCUUAUAGAGAUUCUGUUUUGACUUGGCUCUUGAAAGACAGCCUUGGAGGAAACUCUAAAACCAUCAUGAUUGCUACCAUUUCACCUGCUGAUGUCAAUUAUGGAGAAACCCUAAGUACCCUUCGCUAUGCAAAUAGAGCCAAAAACAUCAUCAACAAGCCUACCAUUAAUGAGGAUGCCAACGUCAAGCUCAUCCGUGAGCUGCGAGCCGAAAUAGCCAGGCUGAAAACCCUGCUCGCUCAAGGGAAUCAGAUUGCCCUCUUGGACUCCCCUACAGCCUUAAGUAUGGAGGAAAAGCUUCACCAGAAUGAAGCAAGAGUUCAAGAGUUGACCAAGGAAUGGACAAACAAAUGGAAUGAAACCCAAAAUAUUUUGAAAGAGCAGACUCUAGCCCUCAGAAAGGAGGGGAUUGGUGUGGUUCUGGACUCCGAGCUGCCUCACUUGAUUGGCAUUGAUGAUGACCUUCUGAGUACUGGGAUCAUCUUGUAUCACUUGAAGGAAGGGCAGACUUACGUUGGCCGAGAAGAUGCUUCAACAGAGCAAGAUAUUGUCCUUCAUGGUCUUGACUUGGAGAGUGAACACUGUAUCUUUGAGAAUAUCGGGGGAACGGUGACUCUGAUACCCCUAAGUGGGUCCCAAUGCUCCGUGAAUGGUGUUCAGAUUGUGGAUGCCACACAGCUAAAUCAAGGUGCUGUGAUACUCUUGGGAAGAACCAACAUGUUCCGCUUUAACCAUCCAAAGGAAGCUGCCAAGCUCAGGGAGAAGAGAAAGAGUGGCCUUCUGUCCUCCUUCAGCUUGUCAAUGACCGACCUCUCCAAGUCCUGUGAGAACCUGUCUGCAGUCAUGUUGUAUAACCCUGGUCUUUUCCCUAUAAAAGGACCCAUCUGUCUAAGACUUGAAUUUGAGAGACAGCAGCGUGAAGAACUUGAAAAACUAGAAAGUAAAAGAAAACUCAUCGAAGAGAUGGAGGAAAAGCAGAAAUCGGACAAGGCAGAGUUAGAGCGAAUGCAGCAGGAGGUGGAAACCAGGCGCAAAGAAACAGAGCUCGUUCAGCGGCAGAUCCGCAAACAGGAGGAAAGCCUCAAACGCCGCAGCUUCCACAUUGAAAACAAACUCAAGGACCUGCUGGCCGAGAAGGAAAGGUUUGAGGAAGAGAGGCUCAGGGAGCAGCAGGGACUUGAGCAUCAGAGGAGGCAAGAAGAAGAGAGCUUAUCUCGCAUCAGAGAGGAGCUCCGCAGGCUCCAAGAGCUCAACAGCCAUGAGCAGGUGGAGAAGGUCCAGGUGUUCCAGGGGUUGGACCAGCUGCACAGAGAACAAGAUGUGCAGAGUGCCAAGCUGCAGCUGGAGAAAAGGAGACUGGAGGAGCAAGAGAAGGAACAGGUACUGCUGGUGGCACACCUGGAGGAGCAACUGCGGGAGUGGCAGGAGGCUGUUCCACUGCUGUGUCCUGGAGAGGUCCAGCAGUCCCAGGAGGAAAAGGGGGAACUAGAAGGCAUCCAGGAAGUCCUCUUGCGGGCCAAAGAGGCUGGAGCACGAGGGAAUCACACCUGCGAGGAUGAACUAGGAAGGGCUCAGCUGUACUCCUCAGAGUUCAAGAGAAGGCAACUUGUCAAGCUAGCAAACCUGGAGAAGGACCUAGUCCAACAGAAAGACCUUCUAAGCAAAGAAGUCCAAGAAGAGCAGGAAGCCCUGGAGCGUGUAAGAUUUAAAGCCCACGAGGAAGCUAGCUUGUUGGUAACAGAUAACAGUAGCAUCCCUUACCGGCCUGAAGUUCUAGAGAAAAUAAAGACUGCACAGUCCAGGCUACAAAGCAAAGAGCGCCAGCUAUGGGAUCUUCUGCAGAAUCAUUUGCCAGCUCUCUUGGAAGAAAAGCAGAGAGCUCUUGACAUCCUUGACAGGGGCACCCUGGGCCUAGAUAAUACUCUCUACCAAGUAGAGAGGGAACUGGAAAAAAAUGAAGAGCCAGUUGCAGAGUACCAGGCUAAUGCUAGCCAGCUGCAGCAGCUCCACACCGCCUUCCAAUUCACAGCUAAUGUCGCCAGACAGGAAGAGAACAUGAGAGAAAAGGAAAAGGAGAUUCUGGAGUCCCAGGAGAAUCAGCAGAGAGAAGCAUUGGAGCAGGCUGUGGCCAAGCUAGAGCAGAGGCACUCUGCCCUACAGAGGUGCUCCUCCCUGGAUCUGGAGGUCCAGGAGCAGGGGCAUAAACUUAGCUCUCUCCACAGCACCAAGCAUUCAGGGCUGCAGGCCAGUCUGGAGGCCAAACAAGAGGACCCUGAGAAGGGCCCUGCAAGGUUAGAACAUGAACUCCACCAGCUGAAACAGAAGAUCUGUGAGGUAGAUGGUGUUCAAAGACCUCAUCAUGGGACCUCAGAGGGAAAAGCUUCUCUUCCCAGCUUGCCACCCAGUGCUGAAAACUCCCAUCUGGCUCCACUGAUGGACGCCAGGAUCAGUGCAUACAUAGAGGAAGAAGUCCAAAGACGCCUUCAUGAUUUGCACAGAGCGAUUGGUGAUGCCAGCCAUGCACCUGCUGAUGUGAUGAAGAGUAAUGAGGAACUUCACAAUGGCGCCACUCAACGUAAGCUAAAAUACGAGAAAAGACAGCCAUGGUCUGCACGGUGUGUUAUCCCACUUCUGCCCAAAGAUGAUACUGAGUCUUCCAGCAUCCAUAGAGAAGAAGAGAGUCAGGUGGAUCUGAGCAGGCACUGGAGCCAUCCUAUGUCCCAGACCACCACAUCGCUCUUCAUGGCCUCCCAAGAGAGAAUGGUUCUAUUCCCAGAGCCUGAGCCAAAACGUGUUCAUCUGCCUGAAAUCACUUUCGGUAAUGAAAUCCACACUAGGGAUGCUGAGAAUUUUCAGAGUGAAUCAGAAAAUGGCAGUGGGCUGAUGACUCAUGAAGAGAAACAAAGCUGGGGAAUCAGGUCCAGCUGGACACUGCUGCAACACAUGUCCCAGCUAGCACCAAUAGGCAGAGGAAGCCAGCCAGCGGUGCAAAGCAGGGUGCAGUGCUUUGUUCUCUCUGAAAGCAUUUCUCAAGAGGAGCAUCCCACUGGCAGCUCUCCUCAGAGCGCGUCAGCCUCCACAUUGUGUGGUGAGCAGCAAAAUGAGAAAGAGUUAGAUGCUGAAAACACUCGCUUUCUCGCUCCGCUAGUCAAUAUCAGGACAGAAGCACAGAAAGGACUGGGAUAUUUUUACCACAAGCUCUCAGACCUGUAUAAAGACACCAGUGGUCACCUGAUACAGGCUGGGACGAAAGUAAUGAGCCAAGCCAAGCAUGUAGGGAGUGUGUGUGACUCAGGUGGACUGGCUUCCCAAGUGACAACUUUCAUAAGAGGCCUGCCACUGUUGGAGCACUUACCCCUUCCCCUGCCUGUGAGGUCACUCAUGAUGCUGUCAGAUCCUCCUCCUCUUCCCGAAACUCAGAUUGGCAGCCUUAACAGUGAAGAAGGGAGCCCAAGGUCUGCCAAGAGCACAGCGCCUUCCACAGACUUAACCUUCACAUCUACAGGCUCACCAAAUUCCUGGCCAAAUUCAGUUUUCUGUCUUGAUUAUGAAGAUGCUGGGAAAAUCACUGCAUUUAAGCAGACCCUUGUAUCAUUCCCAGAGCAAAUGCGGAAGCUUCAAGAGUACCCUCUCACAGAGCUCCUUGAGCACAUGUCUUGUUCUCUGCCAGAGCCUUUGGGCAGAGGAAAGGCUGUCAAAGGCAUUUACUGGCUUGCUGUUGCUAACUGCACCCAACCUGAGCCCCAGGCUGCGUGCUUGCUCCUGCUACCCUCAACUUUAUAUGCUAUAGUCCUGUUAGAUAAUUGCCCAGAUUCCAUGAGCAUCUUUCAUGUUCUCCCUCUGUCUGCACUGCAGGAGAUUCAGGUCGGCUUUGGUGGGCAAAGCAUUCGAUUCCUGGGCUCCACACAGGACUUCUUGCUUACUGUGCUCACUUACAACAAAAGCCUCUCUCAACAACUAUGUCAGGACCUCUUGGGUGUGUUGAUGCCCGGGUCUGAAGAUGCUGCCCCCACAAGUCACCCUUUGCUGCAGCAGGAUCUGGUUCAGCUCUCUCUUGAUUUGAAAGCAGAAAUCCCUUCUCUAGCUUUGGCAAAUGGAGUUCAGUUGUCUUCCAAUUUCCAGAACACCUUGGUUGAUAUGGUUUACUUUCUUCAUGGAAAUAUGGAGGCCAGCAUUCCGUCUCUGUCUGAAGUUCAGCUACUGCUCUAUACCACAGUCAGAUUGGAGAGUGAAGCCAGUUGCACCCCCUGCCUAUCGUUCAUCCUUGUGAACACCCACAUGGCACUCUUGAGGGAGGACCGUGUGUUUUACCCCCACACUCACUCUCUAAACACACUUCCUCCCCAUGGACGAUUUGAUGUGAUCAGAUGCCGAGCUCUGAGUGAGUUCCGAUGUGUCAUUGUUCCAGAGAAGAAAAAAGUGUCAACAGUAGAGCUGGUCUUCCUAAGCAAGCACGGACUUCCCUUGAACACACAAAGUAGUCUAUCUGAGCAGUGUCAAGAUGUCUCAAGCACCCAGAUGCUCACUCCAUUGCAUCUUCAGGAUGGGCAGAAUCAGGAAGGUGAUGUCUGGAAACUCACUUUCAAUUCUCAGGAUGAGGCCCUUUGGCUGAUCUCAUACUUAAGAAGACUCUAGGAAGGAGACUUUAAAUACAGGACAUUUUCUUGUAGAUCUUUAAUAAAAUGAGCAUUAUGAAAACAGUCAAGAAAAUAUGAAUAUCUCAGUGUAGUUAAUCGAAUGGGAAUGAAGCAGGACUCUAAAAUUGGAAGUGCAAAUAUUUUGAAUAAAGCAAAAUGGAAAUAGCUUAUAGCAGAGAACUGAAAAAAAUACACUUAUUGCCACCUGCUUCAUUGUCUUGAAAUUCAGACCAUAAAUUUGGUUCUACUCAAUUAUUGGUGAAGUGAUUAAAGCAUUUUGACUGCUUGG